AUGGCGCCGGGUUGCGUCCUCCAAGCCGCUCGUCGCGGCCCGUCGCACCCCCGCUUGCUUCUAACGUUCGUGUCGCUCCUCGCUCUGCUCCCCGCGGCUCGCUUCGGGUGCCACGCGUGGGGUCACGUCGGCCACGCGUUCACGUGCGCCAUCGCCCAGGCCUUGCUAACCGAUGAGGCAGCAGCAGCAGUGGCGGCGCUGCUGCCCCCCAUCGCCCAGGGAAGCCUUCCUGCCGUGUGCUCGUGGGCUGACGACAUUUUGCACGGCGAGCGGUGGGAAUGGUCCAUGCCUCUGCACUUCGCUGGUACCCCUGACUUCGCCUGCACAUACAAUGAACGCCGUGAUUGCAUCUUCGCCCAUCACCCUGGUCUGUGCGUUACCAACGCAUUCACCAACUACUCCUCGCAGCUCCUCACCUACUCACCCCAUCACCCAUCCGCCCAGCCCGAAUCCCCUUUCCGGCGUACCUUCCUUUCGUCCUCCCCCGGACCCCCUACUCCCCUCAAGCCUGAUGUUUUCCCCACCUCCCCUCACCGGCGGAGUCUUCUCCUCAGGGGGGUGGAUGAGACAGAUGCUGGGGUGCUGGGGAGGGGUGAGGAGGAGGGAGACGGUAAAGAGGUAGAAGCGGAGGAGGUAGAAGGGGAAGAGGUAGAAGAGGAAGAGGGAAGUGGGGAGGUGGGAGAAGGGGAAGAGGUAGAAGAGGAGGAGGGAAGUGGGGAGGUGGGAGAAGGGGAAGAGGUAGAAGAGGAAGAGGGAAGUGGGGAGGUGGGAGAAGGGGAAGAGGAGCUGGUGCAGGUGGUAAAGGGAGUGGUUGGAGACGGUGCUUGGAGUGCUGCUCAUGCCUCAACCUUUGCAGCUCCUGUUGGUGCUAGUGGUGGUGGUGCUGCUGCUGCUGCUUCCAGUGGUCGUGCUAGUGAGCAACAAGCAGCACUGGAUGCGGGGUCCAUAAGACACUACAACCUGACAGAGGCACUCAUGUUCCUCGCGCAUUUUGCAGGGGAUAUCCACCAGGUGAGGGCGAUAGCAGUGCACACAUGUGCAAAGGGCAAAGAGCGACAGGUGUGGGGUCUGUUAGGAGAUGGGGGGUCUAUCAGAGGCUACAACCUCACAAAGGUGCUGCUGAUGCUGGCGCACUUUGCAGGGGAUAUCUACCAGGUGAGCCUGCGCAUGGGAUUCACACCAACUCUGGGCGGCAUCAGGCCUCUGCACGUGAGAUUCACACCAACUCUGGGCGGCAACAGGUUGCGCCUGUCUAAAUCCCCCAGUCCCCCCGCCCUCAUACCUGGGCAGUACGUGACAUGCCCCCCAAUCCUCUCCCUUUCCCUCCCCCACCUCCAUGCCUCCACCCAUCUGUCCCACAUCCCGCUGCUGCAGCCGCUGCACGUGGGAUUCACAUCUGAUCUGGGCGGCAAAAAGGGUGGACGUGACAUGAGACUCCAAUUUCUCUCCCUCAUGCCUCUAUCCGUCUUCCUCAUAUUCCCUGCCUCAGCCAUCCACCGGCACUACAACGGCAGCAGCACCGCCAUGCUGCAUCACAUCGCCCACCAACUCGCCUCACACUGGCGCCCCCUCAUCCCUGCCUGGGCCUCCUGCCCUGGAGACGUUCUUUCUCGUGCUGCUGCUGCUGCUGCUGCUGUUGCUGCUAGUGCUUCUGCCGCUCGUCGCGGCCCGUCGCACCCCCGCUUGCUUGUAGCGUUCGUGUCGGUCCUCGCUGUGCUCUCCGCGGCUCGCAUCGGGCGCCACGCGUGGGGUCACGUCGGCCACGCGUUCACCUGCGCCAUCACGCAGGCAGCAGCAGCAGUGGCGGCGCUGCUCCCCCCCACAGCCAGGGGCAGCCUCCCUGCGGCUCUUCUGACCAACGAGGCAGCAGCAGCAGUGAAGGCGCUGCUUCCCCCCGUCGCUGAGGGCAGCCUCCCUGCCGUGUGCUCGUGGGCGGACGACAUUUUGCACAGCAAGGGCUGGGAAUGGUCCAUGCCUCUGCACUUCGCUGGUACCCCUGACUUCGCCUGCUCCUAUGAUGAACGCCGUGAGUUGUGCCUCUCCUACUCUUCCAUCCCACCUACUCUUUCAUCCCCAUCUCGUCCCCUUCACUCUCCUCCUACCCCUACAGGAGAUUGCACCUUUGCCCAUCACCCUGGUGUGUGUGUUGCAAACGCUAUCGUCAACUACACAUCCCAGCUCCUCACUUACUCUCCCCAUUCCUCCGCACAGCCCCAUUCCUCUCGCCAGCGUUCCAUCCCUCCAUCCUCCCUCAAACCCGCCACUCCCUUCAAGCCUGUCACUUUCCCCACCUCCCCUCACCGGCGCAGCCUUCUCAGGGGGGUAGGUGAGGCAGAAUCUGGGGUGCUGGGAAUGGGUGAGGAGGACGGAGAAGCGGAGGAGGGAGAAGGGGAAGAGGGAGAAGGGGAAGAGAGAGAAGGGGAAGUGGGAGAAGGGGAAGAGGAGAUGGUGCGGGUGGUAAGGGGAGUGGUACGGAAUAGUGCGAGGAGUGCUGCUCAUGCCUCGCUUGUUGCUGCAGCUGCGGCGGCUGCUGCUGCUUCUGGUGCUGGUGCUGCUGCUGGUGGUGCUGCUGCUGCUAGUGAGCAGCGAGCAGCACUGUGCGCGGGGUCCAUCAAACAUUACAACCUGACAGAGGCGCUCAUGUUGGGGACAUUCACCAGGGUGCAUGUGACGUGGUCUCCCAAUCCUCUCCCUCUCCCUCCCCCCCCUCCAUGCCUCCACCCAUCUGUCCCACGUGCCCCUGCUUCAGCCGCUGCACGUGGGAUUCACAUCUGA